CCCCUGUUUUCUCUGCUCAGUUUUCAGGUUUUGUUUUUUCUUUGUUUCUGGUCUUAAACUGCGUUUCCACUUCUCAACUGAGAUGAUUCCGAUAGCUAUUUACUUUGAAAGUUUAUCUAGAUACCGGAGACUUUACUAGAAGAGUCAAUCAACGGUUAGAUCAGAAAUGGAGGGCCAGAAUCUUCUCCGGCCAUCUCGUACAGUCCGAUCAUCAAUUCAAAGUCUUUCUUCAUUAAACGACAUAACCCAUGAGCUACAAGAAGAAGACAUAGAAGAACAGAAGCCCCAUGGAAAACCCACUUCAUCCCCAAACUGUUCAUGUUCGAAACAAUUUCUAAGGAUUCUUUGUAUUCUCUCUGUUUCACUCUCUAUCUAUGUCAUCUUUAUUUCAUUCAGUCAAGAUCAAGACGGAAUACCCACAUCAGAAAACAUCCUCCUGGUACUGAUUCUCAUCGCAAUUUUGCUUUAUCUCGUCGGAAGGAAUAAGGGUUUCGUUCGUCGGAGUUUCUGGGUUCUCAGACGUAUCCAUGACGGGUGUAGCAAAAAAGUCGGGUUAAUCUCAAAUACCCAUCACAAACCGGUUGAAUGGUUUAUCGGGGAAUCGAUGGAAGCCCGGAAUGAUCGGAAACGAAUAGUUAGGGAAGGGGUUGAGUUUUUCAGCAAUGGCGAUUUCUAUGAAGGGGAAUUUCAUAAAGGGAAAUCUAAUGGGAGUGGCGUUUAUAAUUAUUUCGUUGGCGGUAGGUACGAAGGUGAUUGGAUUGAUGGGAGAUAUGAUGGUUAUGGAAUUGAGAGCUGGGUUAGAGGAAGUCGGUACUGUGGUCAGUACCGGCAAGGUCUCCGGCAGGGUUAUGGUGUUUAUAGGUUCUUUACCGGCGAUAGUUACGCCGGAGAAUGGUUAAAUGGUCAGAGCAACGGCGUCGGAAUGCAAACUUGUUCCGAUGGAAGUUGUUAUGUUGGUGAAUUUAAGAGGGGGGUUAAACAUGGACUGGGUUGUUACCAUUUUCGAAAUGGGGACAAAUAUGCUGGUGAAUACUUUGGGGACAAGAUUCACGGAUUCGGAGUUUAUCAAUUCGCGAAUGGACAUUGCUACGAUGGGUCAUGGCACGAGGGUCGUAAGCAAGGAUAUGGGGUUUAUACAUUCCAAAGUGGUGAAAAAAGGUGUGGAGAAUGGGACCGUGGCAAUCUCAAACUCCCUUUGUCUCCAUUUUCCUAUGCGGUUGUUCGCGCAAUGGAGGCGGCAAGAAAGACAGCAGAAAAAGCAAUUCAAGUGAGGCGGGUGGAUCAUCAAGUAAACGAGGCGGCUGCAGCUGCGAAGAAGGCGGCUACAGCGGCCAGAGUUGCUGCAGUCAAGGCGGUUCAAAACAGGAUGGAUGGUAAAUUUUGUGAAACUAACAUUUACUAAAGAGUUAUUAUAAGUAAAUAUGGAGUAUAUAUACCUAUAUAGUAUAUAUAUAUAUAUAUAGAUACUGCAAAAUGAAGUCAACCCACAUGUAUUGUGAAUUGUGAUCUCAUCAGAAGUUUUAAGGGUUGACCUCUUACCAUACUGUAACUUGUAUAUACAGAUGAUGUUGUGCAUCAAUGGAAGUUUUAUAUCUUUAUCUUUCA